UGGCGAGACUUCGCGAGAACUUUUGGGCGGCCGAGAAUGGGAAGAUGGCGAGUCUGUGCAGAAUCAAGUGUUUUCUAGCGCCUUCGUCGCUGUCGCUAGGAUCCCAUAUUGCAAGGGCGCUGAGCACUAGCGCGGGCUUGCAAGUGAACAGCUCCGAAGGAUGGCUGAGCAAGCUGCUGCACGUGCGGAAAAUCGAGCCCGGCAAGGAUUCCCACUCCCGGCUCCUGUCUGACACCGAAAUCGUUUACGAAUUACAGAUUCACGAUGUCAAGCCGGACGGAGUACAACCGUAUCUUAAGGGAUAUGAAAACUACUGCCAACUCCUCCAGAGCAAGGCAUCUGACUGUGAGCUGAUUGGCAGCUGGCAAGUGGUGAUUGGUGAUCAGGACCAGUACCUUCACAUCUGGCGCUUCAAGCAGGGCUGGCGGUCGGCUCACAGUUCGAUUAACCUGUGCAACACAGACGAGGACCUUGUUAAGCUUCAGAGGGAUGAGUCCAAGUACCUAAGGGCACGCCAGAACCAGUACAUGCUACCCUUCAGCUUCUGGGGCAAUCCAGAGCCAAAGCAUCAUGGGGGCAUGUACGAGAUACGCUCCUACGUCCUCAAGCCAGGAACCAUGAUUGAGUGGGGCAACAAUUGGGCUCGAGGCAUCACAUUCAGAAGAGCCAAUGCCGUGGCUGGCUUCUUUUCCCAGAUUGGCCAGCUCUACAUGGUCCACCAUAUCUGGACAUACAAGGACCUUCAGGCUCGAAAGGAUAUCCGUGAAGAUAACUGGAGGAAACCUGGUUGGGAUGAAUGCGUCGCUUACACAGUUCCUCUGAUUCGAGAGAUGCGGUCAAGAUGGAUGCGACCCACUGAUUUCUCACCACUGAAGUAGAAAGAAAGCUUAGGCAGGAUGAUUGAGGUGCGGAAGAAGACUGCAGGACUAGAAAUGGAAUAGGACUUCACCCGAUAAUUGUUGCAAUUUUUUUUGUAAAUCAAAUUUCUGUUUUUAUUCCCACAUCAUCUUUUGGGAAGCAUUUCGGUGUCGUAAGGCAUCACAUGCGAAGCGUCGACGCUGUUAUACACCUGCUCUAUUUUUUCCCGUUUACUCAUUUUAGCUGCCCUUCUUUCUGAACUUGCGUUAUUUUUAAGUCUCAAGCUAUGUGAAAUGCCUUAUUGGUGUAUUCUGCAGCACUUGUUGUUCAGAGUUUCUUUUUCACUCUGCGAAGUCUGUUGUUUGGUCAGUGUGAUUGUGCAAUUAUGCUACAUGCUGACGAGAAAAUGCGAAUAUAUAUAUUUUUAUUAUGUUACCAACUUGGGAUAGCGUUGUGUAACUGCUGUCCUCGUGCGACGUUAUAAAUUUUGCUCCCUGCAACGGCUUGGCAUCAACUACUAGUGUUUGUUGAAUUGAAGAGCAAAGGAAAAAAAUGAAGGCUGCCGGGACAGAGCGUUUUUGUAAAUAUUGUGUAGAGAUAUACAGUGUUUGUUAGUUUAUAAAUAAACUGCCCUGCAGACGACUGAUGCAUCGUUA